AGCGCAGCCCUGCCAGCUCAAUGUGACCGAAGCUCUUGAAUAUUAUCACACUUGUGCUGAUGAGCGUUUUAUAAAUUAAUUCCCCUUUAAUAGAAUGAACCAGAAAACCAAAACGGACAUCAUCAAAGCGAAUCCGAUAGCGGAUGGAUUGGCCUCGUUUCGUGACACCUUGUUAUCGAGAUGUAAGGACGCGCAAUUACCAUGCUCUGCUGCCUCCUUAAACCAAUUACACAACGAUGUUCUCAAAGAUUUAUCCGUUGACCUUGUAACCACGCUGCUCUCUCAUCCUGCGUCACGUACCCUCCCUUCUGCCGGGAGGGGUAGAACUCUCCUUGGGGAUCUGUCCAAGCUUAACUUGACUAUUGAUUCUGGUGAUUUCGACGUCAAAGGCCUGAUCCCAUUAUUUUCCGCAGUUUUUACCGGGGCCCCGGACGAGGUCGUAUGGGACAACGUCUAUGCAGUGGUGACCGAGUCCACCCCUUCCCCACGACUUGUACCCUUUCUCAGUCAAACGUCUUAUUUGCAUACUAUAAGUAGCUUUGUUAACUCUUCUGAGCAACGGAAACAUGUAGAUGCUGUACUAAAGGGUGAACUCGGGUCGAUUUAUGUCGGGGUAUCGGGUUUCUAUGAGGCAUAUUUUGGUGGUCUUGAAGGCUUAGAAGACGCAGCAGCAACGGUAUUCCGGAGAUGCCAUGACGGCCACAAUCCACUGUUCACAGAUAAGGGGUGGCGGAACUGGCCAGAGACAGCGAAGGAAAAGGAAGUCUUAGACUGGCUUUCAGCUUGGGUCGACAGCAUCCGCAACAUUGCAAACGAGCAAGGUUUUGCCAUACCUCCAGACCGUAUGUUUCUGGCUCAACCUCAUCGCUCCUUAGAAGGAUCUACGGCCGAUCGCAAGAUAGACCUUGGCAUUGUGCGUGCUUCUGGCGCAGCGAGUGAGAAAUAUCACUGGUCGCAAGUCCUGGUCAUAGGAGAGUUGAAGUCUAAUCCAAAAGAAGACUUAUCCUCAAAGACUUGGCGUGACUUGGGUCGUUAUGCCAGGGAAGUUCUCACUACACAAGACAGUCGCCGAUUUGCUCUAGGUUUUACAUUAUGUGGAUCUACUAUGCGUCUGUGGGAGUUCGACCGCAUAGGAGCCAUUGCCUCAUCGUCCUUUGAUAUUCACAAAGAUGGACUUGCAUUUGUCUCGGCUAUGCUAGGAUUUUUGCGAAUGAAUGAUGAUGAAUUAGGAUAUGAUCCUAGCAUUAUGUUCACCUCAGAUGGGAGAAGGUUUAUCAAAAUCACACGCAACGGACAAUCAGAAAAUCUUAUUCUUGAUAGUCUUAUACGGCGUUCUCCAUGUAUUGCUGGAAGAGCUACUACUUGCUGGAAAGCUCAUCGGGAGGGUGAUAAGUCAUGUGCGCCCCUUGUUAUUAAGGACUCAUGGCAAUAUCCAGAACGAGAAGUAGAAGGUGAACUUCUGCAAGAAGCAACAGAGAAAGGUGUGAUUUAUGUGGCUAGGUAUUACUAUCAUGAAACUGUUCACGUGAAUGGCCAGGUCGACAGUGUCUGCGACAACAUUCGCAAAGGACUCGACAUAACUCAAUCAACUAAUUACAGGCCUAUACGUCCCGAAGGUUCUGCAAGUGACAUAACCGACAAGGGCGGGAUAGGUCGGCCAAUAAACGCAGGCUGCAAGAGGUCAUCUAGCCAUUCGGGGGCAACAUUGCUCCCAAACAAGCGUAUCUGCUCGAGAUCGCCUUGCAACGGCGGACGUGAUUCUGCAGUACAAAAUCGAGUACAUCGUCGCGUUAUUAUUCGUGAUUGUGGGAUACCUAUCUAUAAAGCAUCAUCACAGGUUUCACUACUAUCAGCACUUGAAAAUUGCGUAGAUGGCUAUGAAUCUCUGCUUAUCAAGACAGGCCUUUUACAGGGUGAUAUUUCAACUGGAAAUCUUAUUAUCAAUGAAAAUAAUGCUUUCCUAAUAGAUCUGGAUCUUGCCAUUAGAGAGAACCGCGAACAACCAUCUGGAGCCAGGGGAAAGACAGGGACAAGAGCUUUCAUGGCAAUUGGAUUACUCUUAGGUGAAAAACACUCUUUCAUGCAUGACCUGGAGUCCUUUUUCUGGGUGUUAUUUUGGAUUUGUAUCCACUUCAGUGGGGAAGCUGAAAAGGUGCUUUCACGGGUUGUUCCUGAGUUUGAUAAGUGGAACUAUGUCUCCAUGGAUGAACUUGCGAAGCUGAAGAAAGGUACAAUUGCCCAUGAAGGUGAUUUUAUUAGAUUGGUGAAUGACAAUUUCACCGAUUAUUAUCAACCACUCGGGCCUUGGGUGAAUAGACUACGCAAGGUUGUUUUUCCAGGCGGUGGAAGAUGGGAAAAAGAAGAUCGAAAAUUAUAUGCUAGGAUGAAACAGGUGCUUCAAACAGCAAAGGUUGACCCUAAACUUCUGGAGACACGGAUCCGCACUGGUUAGCCACGAGACUGCGACCCCCCAUCUUCGAUUUUGUCAACAGGGAUUUUAUUCGGCUUGACCACUGUUUCCCAGGAAUUCAUAGCCUAGACGAAGAUGAACCAGCCCAUUCUUUUGGGGGGGGGGGGGGGAAUUCUAGUU